AGAAGAAGAAGAAGAAGAACGUAAAGUAAAGUAAAGUAGUAAUAAUAACAGUAAUAGUAACACCGUUAGUUGUUUACCGUGGUUUAGACCGUUAAGACACUUGAAUCAGCAGACUCCUUGGAGUUGUCCACAGCAGUAGUAGCAAACAGCCUUUUUGGUGGGUACACGUCGCCGCCAUAUUGGACCGGGCUAUAUCUCAGAAGAUCAACGAUUGUCUAGAAAAGCUCGAGAUGCCUGACUCGUGUGCAGCUUGGGGUUGUAAAAACCGUCGGACAGCCCAGUCCAAAACUCUGGGAAUUACCUUUCACAAGUUUCCCAAAGCAAAAGAGGCGAGGAAGCAGUGGGAAAUAGCUGUAAGAAGGAAAGGUUUUUCAGCCAGUCGGUCCUCCGUGCUCUGCAGUGAGCAUUUCAAGCUGCAGGACUUUGACAGCACAGGACAGACUGUCAGAAUUAGAGGUGGAGCUCAACCAUCUGUCUUCAAUUUCCCAAAACAUCUACAAAGACCAGUGAAGACCAGGACAACAAAAACCUCGAGGAAGGCUGAAGAGAAGCUGUCAUUGGACUCUUCUACAGUUUUGAAAGAGACUGAACCUCUCAUUGUUGACCACUCUUAUGCAUUGCCUUCAUCUCUCACUGAUCUGAAGGCCAGACUCAGUGAAGCCUUGGCUAGGGUGGAGAGUCUGGAGCGAGAGAUGAGGAACGUGAAGGACCGAGAACGGAGGGCAAAGAAGAUGGUACACGGUCUUCUGGAAGAUCUGAGGAGGAAUCGCCAAUCCCCCUGUUUUGUAAAAAUAAAGCAUAAAUUGUACAGGACAAAACUUAGAAACUUGCACAUCAGGUAGAGCAUAACGCUUUUUUGUUGUUGUUAUAAAUGAGGUUUUAUUACUUAUAAAAAAUUUUUAAAAAAUAGUUGUUUUCUGGAUGUCUCGCGGAGGGAGAACAUACAUGCUGUAGAAGCACAGGAUCAGUCUGAUGUGAUGUCAAAA